CGAGGUUGGGGAAUCGAACCGGCCGGGGGGCUGGGGGAAAGACCAACAAGGGGGUGAUGUCACCCUGGGGAGGGUAGCAGCAGGGAAGAGGAGCUUUGGCCUCGACCUUCCCCCGCAUGGCCUCAACCACCUCCUCUUGCCUCCCAUCGGUUGGGCCUCUCCCCACCUCUCCUGGUUUUCUCAUGUUCCUGUUUUGACGUGGUCACGAAUACAUUUUCCACUCGUUACUAAUUCCAUCCCUACGAUCCACAUACCAGAGCUUGAUCUUCCGGCACUGCUGAUCAUUCUCCAUGGCUUCCACCGAAGCUCAACCUGACAUUCAGUCUACGCCUCCAGAUGGCACAGGCGUCAUUCAGCUCGAUCCUUGGCUUGAGCCUUUCCGAGGAGCUCUGCAGCAUAGAUUCCAAUUUGUGGAGAGUUGGGUCAAGACCAUCAAUGAGACGGAAGGUGGGCUGGAGAAAUUCAGCAGAGGUUACGAGAGAUACGGCCUCAAUGUCAACGCCAAUGGAGACAUCACUUACAGAGAAUGGGCACCCAAUGCUGUUCAAGCUGAGAUAGUGGGUGAUUUCAACAAUUGGGAUGUCACGGCCCACCCAAUGACGAAGAACAGCUUUGGUGUCUGGGAGAUUACAUUGCCAGCAAAGGAUGGUGUCCCGGCAAUUCCUCAUAACAGCAAAGUCAAGAUAACCAUGGUUACCCCCGGCGGAGAGCGAAUCUACCGCAUUCCUACAUGGAUCAAACGUGUUGUACAGGACCUCACCGUAUCUCCGACCUAUGAGUCGGUGUUCUGGAACCCACCUGCGACAGAGGUGUAUCAAUUCAAGCACCCUCGCCCUAAGAAGCCCGAAAGCCUUCGCAUCUAUGAGGCCCACGUGGGCAUCUCUUCUCCAGAAACGAGAGUCGCAACUUACAAAGAGUUCACUGCAAAUAUGCUGCCCCGUAUCAAGUAUCUAGGAUACAAUGCAAUCCAGCUAAUGGCUAUCAUGGAACAUGCUUACUAUGCCAGCUUCGGGUACCAGGUCAAUAGCUUCUUUGCGGCCAGCAGUCGCUAUGGUACCCCGGAAGACCUCAAAGAGCUGUUGGAUACGGCACAUAGCAUGGGCUUGGUGGUGCUGCUUGACGUCGUUCACAGUCACGCGUCCAAGAAUGUUCUUGACGGAUUGAACAUGUUCGACGGUACUGAUCAUCUCUACUUCCACUCGGGAGGCAAGGGUCAGCAUGACCUCUGGGACAGUCGCCUGUUCAAUUAUGGGCACCAUGAAGUUCUACGAUUUCUCCUAAGCAACCUCCGUUUCUGGAUGGAAGAAUACAAGUUUGACGGUUUCCGCUUCGACGGCGUCACGAGUAUGCUUUAUACCCAUCAUGGGAUAGGAACUGGCUUUUCCGGUGGAUAUCACGAAUACUUCGGGCCUUCAGUUGAUGAAGAAGGUGUGAUGUACCUGACCCUGGCCAACGAGAUGCUCCACAGCCUAUAUCCCGACUGUAUAACCGUUGCAGAGGAUGUAUCUGGGAUGCCGGCACUGUGCUUGCCACACACCCUUGGGGGUGUCGGUUUCGACUACCGUCUUGCCAUGGCAGUCCCAGAUAUGUACAUCAAGCUCCUGAAAGAGAAGUCGGACGACCAAUGGGACAUGGGCAAUCUCUCCUUCACAUUGGUUAACCGACGUCACGGUGAGAAGACAAUCGCCUAUGCGGAGAGCCACGAUCAAGCACUUGUUGGCGACAAAACCCUCAUGAUGUGGCUCUGUGACAAGGAGAUGUACACCCACAUGUCCGUAUUAACGGAGUUGACACCCAUCAUUGAACGAGGUAUGGCUCUCCACAAGCUGCUCCGCCUGGUGACCCAUGCCCUCGGUGGCGAGGGUUAUCUCAACUUCGAAGGCAACGAAUUCGGCCAUCCCGAGUGGCUCGAUUUUCCUCGUGUGGGAAACAACAACUCCUUCUGGUACGCACGUCGUCAGUUGAACCUAACUGAAGACCAUCUCCUCCGGUACAAGUUUCUGAAUGAGUUUGACCGCGCUAUGCAAUUGACCGAAGAGAAAUACGGCUGGCUACAUUCCCCACAGGCAUAUAUAAGCCUGAAGCAUGAGUCUGACAAGGUCCUUGUCUUUGAGCGUGCAGGCCUCCUCUGGAUCUUCAACUUUCAUCCCACCAACAGCUUCACGGACUUUCGAGUAGGCAUCGAGAAAGCCGGAACAUACAGGAUCGUCCUCGAUACUGAUGACAAGGAGUUCGGUGGAUUUGGUCGUAACCUCAAGGAGACGCGCUUUUUCACGACAGACAUGCCAUGGAAUGGCCGGAGCAACUAUCUCCAGGUUUAUAUUCCUACCCGGACAGCACUGGUAUGUUUUGCUCUCCAUCAUUCCAUUCAAGUAACGGCGUACUGAUGACAGCAUUAUCAAUCAUAGGUCCUAGCAUUGGAAGAAACAUUGUAGAUUGAUUUGAAUAUGGUUUCCAACCAACUCGGC